AUGCCCCACGAGUACGACCUCACUACUGAAGAUGGUAUUCUGACUUGGCUUCACAAGAGUGAGUAUGACGAGGGUAGCGAAGUCACGACCGUAGAGCGUCUACCGGAAGGGUUCGGUGGCUUCGUCUACAGGGCACAUCUACAAGACGCUGCUCGUGCUUCAGUGAUUGUGAAACACGCAGAAGGCUACGCUGCACGUGCGCAGCACUGGAAGCUUGAUCAAAGCAGGAUGCACUUCGAGUACGAAGCAAUGGACUAUCUGUCAGGGCCAGAAAUGCAAUCCGACAGGUCAAUCCGCACGCCCGAGGUACUGUUCUACGAUCGCAAGAACUACGUCCUUGUAAUGGAGGACGCUGGGGAUCGCCCAAGUGUCAAAAGAUGGCUUCAGCCCGGCGUCGGUGUCGAAGCGGCCUCCAAAGUCGGUCGGAGACUUGGGCGGUAUCUCGCGAGGGUCCAUGAUAUGACUGCAAAUGCACUGGACGUCAAGUCCAGGUUCAACGGCAAUAUGACUGCCAAGUACCUGUCCGGAACACUGUACUUCGGUGGUUUGCCGGCAGCGGCUGAGAAAUUUGGGCACGAGGACGAGUUCUUGCAAGAAGCAGCUUGUGUAGGCCAACAAGAGGUCAAUGAAGCCAACGAUGUCCUCACUCUUGGCGACUUCUGGACUGGCAAUGUUCUCGUAGAUGCCAAAGUGGACGAGGCCGUCAAGAUGUAUAUCAUUGAUCUAGAACUUUCGAAGCCGGGGACGGCAGAGUUCGACAUCGGGCAGAUGGCCGCAGAGAUGUACUGUUUGGAGGUCUUUCGAGAUCAACAGAUUGGUAACAGGCUGUUGCAAUCAUUUCUGCAGUCGUACAAGGAGGCUCGACAGGGCAGCUUCGAAGCUGCUAAAGUCGCCGUCCGGAUCGGCGUGCAUCUUGUCGUUAUAAUGCCUGGAGCAUGGUCGAAGGAGGGAGGAUCAGAACAGAUUGAGCAGCUUGUCGGUUACGGCGUGGACUUGAUACGGAUGGGACAUCUGAAAGACAUCUCUCGGUUACGCGAAUCCAUAGUUGGGCCAUUGAUGGCGUCUUGA